CACUUCUGCAACGAGGAAGUAAACGGCAAGCUCGCUAUAUAUAAACUCUAGUUCCCUUCCUGUCUCGACGGAUUGAUCAUUCUUUGUAAGAAGGAUCACAUCUGGAAGAGUAAGUACUUUGUUCAAGUUAAGUGGUUUCCCCCUCUUUGUAUUAGUGAAUCAUUAUAAAUUCCAUCUCUUGACUAAAAUGGGCAAACGUGGUAAUCAGUUUGAAUGGGGAGGUGAUUUUAUAUUAAAAGUAAAACUUAAUUUACAGCCAACAAUGAAAGGAUUUAUUUAUUAAAAAUUAAACUACAAAUGCUGGAUGGGAAAAGUGUAACUGUGAUCCUUUGGACAUAAUGUAAUGCAGAUUAUAAAAUCGGUUCUAAGGCAUUGUUUAGAGACUAUGGGGACGACCACCUAGGUGUAACGGGUGCCAUCCUGCUAUAACCCCACCUGUUACUUUAUAAAUAACCAGCAGUAAAUGGUUGUAUGUGUGCUCUUAUCCUGAGAUUUCAACAGUUGUUAUAAUCUCGGCUUUUCUUUCUUCCUGUACAAGCAGGCACUCGUGACUUGGCUGCGGUUGUAGGUCAAUACAGGAACACCAUAACAGACCGCUAUGCUUGUUGUUAGUCACGUUAUGGAGGAAGGGUUGCUUAUUUAAAUCAAAUUCCUGCAAAGAUCAUACAGGUUACUUGGGGAGGGGAAACCUGUACUUGUUUGUCCCCCCAUUUCCUGAUGAAUUAUAUGAAAAAGGGUGGUGUCUCAAAAAAUAAAAAUUAUUCGUAUUUAUAUAGUGCCAACUUAUUAUACAGCACUUUACAAUAUUAUGAAAGGGAAAAUUUAACAAUAAAUGAGACAUUUACAAAAUGAUUCAGAAACAAUGGGUAGAUGAGGAUCCUGCUCAUAUGUGCUUACACAUCUCACUAGCAAAUUAACAUUUGACUAUGGGUUGUGGUGUUUUAACUCCCUCUUCCCUUUUUUUAUUGCCUGCCUGGGUGUCCUUCUGCUAUCCAGUAUGAUUUCGUACUCUGGACGUCUGUCAGUUGGAGCCAAAACUAGAAAUCUGUGCUUAUAAGUUUGCACAGCCAUUUAAAGGGAACCUAUAGUCCAAAAAACAACGGCUGUUUUAGAGAGAUAUACUUCCUUUUGCUCCCCUUAAACCUAUUAUUAUUAUUAUUAUUAUUAUUAUUAUUAAUUUUUUUUUUUGUUCAGUUGGGAGGGGGGAGGAACUUGUCUGGUGAUGUUAGCAUCCAAGUUAAAAGACCACUAUAGGCACCCAGACCAGACACUUAAUGAAGUGGUCUGGGUGCCAGGUCCAUCUAGGUUUAACCCUGCCUGCUGUAAACAUGGCAGUUUCAGAGAAACAUUUGGGUUAAAUCAGCCUCUAGUGGCUGUCUCAUUAACAGCAGCUAGAGGCACUUCUCACUAUGAUUUUUCACAGUGAGAAGACGCCAGCGUCCAUAGGAAGGCAUUAAGAAUGCUUUCCUAUGGACUGACUGCGCGCCCGGCUCUUGCUGCACAUGCGCAUUCAGCUGAUGACGUCUGGAGGAGAGUCUCCGGUGCUGGAGAAUGGUAAGAUUUUAACCCCUUCAGCCUGGCGGUGGGGGGACCUAUUAACACUACAGUGCCAGGAAAACAAGUUUGGUUUCCUGGCACUAUAGUGGUCCUUUAACAUCACCUGUAAUAUAUUGUAUUAAGCUAGGGUAUGUCUAAGAGUUAAGAAAUGGGUGGUAACUGCCCUUUUAAGAUGCUUGUACUUCUCAAACAUUCCACUAUAACUUCAAUUCUAAAUGCCACGUUGGCUGUGAAUUAUUUAUUUAUUUAUUUAUUUUUUGGGGGGGGUGGGGGAAAACAAGGAUUUCCCCUUAAGUGCCCCAAUAAUGUCUACACAUCAAGUGCAAUUGCAUGUGUCAUUGGACACUCCCCUACUGGCUAUGCUUUCACCCUUGAUAUCAGACCUGCCAAAGUUGUUGGGUCUGGACUGUUUCUUCUGUGAUCUAGUUAUAUUACAUUUAUGGCUAUUGACAGAUGUAGCAAAAAGUUUGUCUCCUUAACAAAACUGACACCUACAUAUACUUGUAGAGUAAAAGCGUUCAUUUUUAUCUUAUAAAAGGUUCACACUAUGGCGUUCCUUUCAUUUCCACUUUCUAUGAUUUUCAUCAUUCUAACUCUACAUUAUGGCUCCUCAUCUGAUCCAAUUUAUUUAAGGUAAGCUAAAACUAUUAAUAAAUGUGUCACCUCAUGUAAUAUUUUUAGCAGUGUUUAAUAUUUUUCAAACUGUCACUAAUCCAAAAUAGUCUUACUCUGUUACAAGGAUAGAGGCUAUUGGUUUCUAACUCGAUAUUUAAUCUGCCCUAGUGUUUCAUGCUUAUAUGUUGCUCUGCUAGCCAAGCAAUUUAUCCUCUGUUAGGGAGUUACAAAUUGGCAAACAUGAAUAUGGAGUCUGGAAUCUUGCCCUUGAUAAACAAGAAUCUGCUUCCCUGACCAGUUUCUAGUGACAUAGAAACAGUGGCCUAAUCGAGGUGCACCUUCUCAUUAAAGGUACACUCAUGGCUACAUAACCUCUACAGCUUGCUCCAAGAAUAACAUUGCUUAGAGUGCCCUGGUGCUGUUCCAUGGAUCUCAAAAUUAAGUAACUAGGAUAGGGGUAGGCAACCUUCGGCACUCCAGAUUCUGUGGUCUACAUCUCCCACAAUGCUCUUACAGCCAUCAUGCUGGCAAAGCAUCAUGGGAGGUAUAGUCCAAAACAUCUGCAGUGCCAAAUGUUGCCUAUCCCUGAACUAGGACAUGUCCCAGGUGCUACUCCCUUGGCCACCAAUAUUAUGGUGUCUAUAGCACGGGUGUCAAACACAAGGCCCGCGGGCCGAAUCCGGCCCGCCAGACCUCGUCAUGUGGCCCGUGUAGCUGCCGCCGGCUGCCAGCCCAGUGGCGGAUCCGGGGGGGGCAACGGGGCAAUUGCCCCCCCCACCCCUCCCCCCAAGAAUACCGACGGUCUCCCUCUCCUGCCAGCCCAGCAAUGCGCCUGCGGACCGGAGGGGAGAUCACAGAUCUCCCUCCCCGGUCCGCAGGCACAGUGCUGACAGCCGUCGGGGGAGGGAGGGAUAGAGGACCCAGAGCUCAGGCUGCAGCUCCUCCGGGUCCUCCUCUCGCGGGAGUUGGAGCGUUGCUGCGGUUACCACGGCAACGCUCCAAAUCUCGUGAGAGUGAACUGUAGCCCUGGAGCGUGGGCUAGAGUUCACUCUCCCCACUGGGACCACCAAUGAAUCCCCCCCACCGGACCACCAGGGAAAUGUACCCCCUCCCCCCAGUAAAGGUAAGAAGGGAGGGGGGGACAUAAAUAUAUAUUUUAAUUAAAAUUUUAUUUAUAUAUAUGUAUGUGUGACACAAGGGGGGGGUUGGCUGCACUCACCUGAACAUGCAUAAAUGGGGGUGCUGCUGGGGGCCAAAUAAUACAAAACACAAGAUCACAGGUGCCUCAUCCCAGGGCCUUAUUUAGCCUUGUACUGCAGAGAGCCCCAGAUGGAAUCUUUUCCUCAAGUAAGUGGUUAAUCUCAUAAGAGCAGACAUUAGGCUGUUAGUGUAGGACCUGCCAAAGAUGGGGUACAUUGACGUUGUGGCAGGCUUAUGCAAUGUAUGAUCAUAUAAUGUAACUAAACCCCCAUUAUUUUUGCCUAGAUUAGGUGGUUUUAAAAAAAAAACUAAUAAAAUCUUUCAACAUUGAAGUUGCUGUUUAGUGGAUAGGUGAGUGCGCUGGAUCUUGUUUUUGUUUUUUUUUUGUUUUUUUUUUUGUUUUUUUUUAAUUUAUUUUUUUAUUAUAUAUUAAAAGCCCCCCUACCCUUAUAUCACACACACUCUACACCCUCACUGCCCCCCAUACACAUUCACUGCCCCAUACACAAAAAACAGUAAUAAUUGAAUGCAGUGACAAUAAUUUAUGAUAAUAAAGAGUGGACACAUAGUCCUACAGAUACAACCGGCCCUUUGAGGGUGACCAAACUGCUGAUGCGGCCCCCGAUGAAUUUGAGUUUGACACCCCUGGUCUAUAGUGUCACACUUUUUUAUAUUUUUUUUAUUUUUUAUUUAUUGUUGGGAAAGUCAUAAUCAAAGUGUCAUUUGAAACGUAUGCAGAUAAACUAGUAGAACCUUUAAUACAAAAUAUAAAUGUAAAAUGGCAUGACUGGCAGAAUUGGUAAAUGUGUAACUGAACAAUGACCUGUUAUGAAAGCUGAAACUAAAUAGGAAGUUGAAGAUUAGGGAAGUUACAAUUAGAAUACUUUAUCAUUUAUUUCUGCUUUCUCUUCCCCUUUUUUUUUUUUAUUUUUUUUUUUUUUGUUCUAUGCAAUUUAGGGGGAUUUUAUUGGGAAAUUGGUUUAAAUAAGGAUAUAAUGUGACAUUGCGAUGUAUUUUGUACUGCAGAAAAACUCAUGAAUGGAAGAAGCUUAUUCUGACUCAUCACUGGCCUGUGACUGUUUGUAAGGUAUGCUAUUAACAAUUUAGUUGUACACCCCACCCUACCUCCUCAAUGUCUGUCUAAUUUAAUAAUGAGAUGUUGGCAAAAGAUCAAAUUUCCUAAAAUACAUCUCAUUGUGUAAGAUUCUCUAAAUCCUGAAAUAUUGUAUAAACACUACCAUUAAUUUUUUUUUCUUAAUAUGGUGGCAGUACUACUGGGUUUUGCUCCUCCCUGUGGACAAGACAUCUAACAAGUAAUCUAAAAAUCCUCACCCUUGCCCCAUAAAAUGCCAUACUGCAAAACCUACCCCAGUUUCCUUUCUUGUCCCGAGAGGGAAGGACAGGAAGGAAGUGGAGGUUAGUGUGUGUUGUGGUGUGUGUGUGUUUUUUUGUUUUUUUUUUUUUGUUUUUUUUUAUAUUCUGGAGUAUAAAUAGAGCUGUGCAGGUACCCACUGACUACAUGGAUGCAGGUCAGAAGAGGUACGCCGUGUCACCUUCCCCCCACACGGCUCAGAGGUAUUUUGAGGUAAGAUUAAAGAAAUCUUUACUUUAAAAUAUGCUCUGGAAAAUUUUAUAGGAAAUAUCAAACAAUCUAAGCCUCCAUUUAUAUUUUCUCUAGAUAUGUCUAGCCCAGUUUAUCCUGAUAUGGAUAAGGGGUGUGGGGGGGUGGAAACUUGCAACCUCCAUGCCUAGAAAGGCUACGGUAAAAUCAAAACCUCUAGUUUGCAGUGAAUGUGCAACUCCUCUUCCAGAUGGAUCAAGAAAGGUGUGCAGUAAGUGUACUGCAAAUUCUUUGGAAAGAGAUAAGCAAAAAGAUAUGCAAUCUUUCCUAACCUGGUUCCAAGAAAAUCUGGCCCAGACCUUGGAGACUAUUAGUCUAAAAAGGUGGAAUACCCUAUACAGCAAGGACAUCUAAGAAUCAAGAAAAGAACAUCUACAUGGGUCAGGAUCCUCAAGUGAACCAGUGGGGUUUCCUUCGGAUGAAAUCCGUAAAUUUAUAAAGGAAGUUAAACUGACAAUCCUACCGGAAGGCCCUGACAAUCCUAAAAAGGUUUUUCUGUUCAACAAAACCUGGUAGAUCUAAUAUUCAGGGAAUGGAGAAACGUGCCUUUUUAUAUCCAGACACUUUAAGGAUAUCUUCAGACUGGCUGGCGAAGUUAUCUGGGAAGAUCUCCCGACAGUAGAUGUUCAAGUGGUGCAGAUUGAUAAAGACCAUUAUCCCUAUAGGGGAAACUUCAGCUUUAAAGAAUCCAAUGGAUAAGAGCCAAAACCUCUUUUAGGCGAGCUUACCAGACAGCCGGUUUUCAAUGCAGGGCUUUACUGGCAGGAGUAGCAGUUGCCAGAGCAAAUGGCAUUUGGUUCAACACGGUCCAAGAUAUUUUCUUCUGACAAAGAUAAAGAGCUUAGUCACAUGUUUCAGAACAUGCACUUGUCUAACGAAUAUCUGUUGGAUAUGUCGGUAGAAGUUCUUAAGUGGGCAUCCAGAAUUAUGGGAUUGUCUUCGGUAGCAAGAUGAGCCUUAUGGUUAAGGUCAUGGACGGCGGAUUCUGCUUACAAAUCGGUCCUUUUGUGUGCUUCCACUAGAAAAAAUAAAAUUUUUAUUUGGGGCUCCUUUAGAAGAAAUUAAGCAAAUGUCAAACCAAAAAGGCGCUUUGCCAAGAUAAGUUCUCCUGGAGACCAGGUUACAGGAAUUACCAGUAUAAAUACAGGAGAUCAUAUCAACAGAACACAUUUCUUUCAAAGAAGGGAUAAAAAUCGGAGAUUUGAACAGAGGUGAUAAAAGACCCUUCAGAGAUAAAGAUAGACGUUUCUGACGCCAGAAGUGUGGGAGGAAGACUCAAAUUAUUUUUUAUUUUUUUUAAUAUGGGGGAAAAAAAAACACAAGAAAUCCUUAGGUUCUAAGUCUUAUCCAGCAGGGACACAAGAUUAUGUUUACGGAGAAACCAAGAGCAAAAUUUCUGGUAUCAACUUGCCAGUCUUCAAAAAGAUCACAAGCCCUAUUUUCUCAGAUCAUGCUUCUUUUACAAAAAAGGGUGAUAGAGUACCAGUAAAACAAAGAUUUCGGGGAGUUUAUUCAAGAUUAUUGCUGGUUUCAAAACCAGACCACUCUUUUCAUCCCAUUCUGAAUUUAAAGAACAUCAACCAGUUUAUCCCUUAUCAAAGAUUUUGUAUGGAAUCAAUCGCUUCUAUUUGUCCUCUGUUACAAAGAGGCAAUUUUAUGGUAAAAAUAGACUUGAAGGAUGCUUAUCUGCAUGUUCGGAUUGCUACCGCUUCAAGAAAAUGUCUAAGACUUGCAAUAAAAAGAGGAAGAUCCACCAUUCAUUUCCAAUUCUGGGCUCUGCCGUUUGGUCUGUCAUCCGCUCCAAGGAUAUUUACAAAGAUCUUGACUCCUCUGACAGCUCAUUUGAGGGAAUUCGGAAUAUCGAUUAUCCCAUAUUUGGACGACUGGCUUCUCAUGGCACAUACAGAAGAACAGCUGUUCAGGGACCUGCGGGUCACUAUCAGAUUUCUUAAAAACCACGGCUGGAUCUUAAAACUAAAGUCUCUUCUCAUUCCAAGAAGAGUUUCUCAAAAUCCAUUCGGUCUUCAUGUCACUUCAUCUUCCCAAACGAAAAAGGAGGAAAAUCCGAAAGGCGACUUCAAUCUCCAAAGGAUGGAAAGUUGUUCCUUCAGACAGGCCAUGGGUGUAUUGGGCCUUCUAACUGCUGCUUUUCCAGCAGUCAAAUGGGCAAGAUCAGAGGUCAGACCUCUUCAAUGGAACAUCCUGACAAACUGGUCAAAAAAGUUAGAUUUAGACAAAUUUCUUAUCCCCCUCAGGUAAAGACCCGGCUUACUUGGUGGAAAACCUCAGAGUGCCUUUCGGGAGGGUUGUCUUUUCGUCCAAAAGACUGGAUAAUAGUCACUAGACGCUUCAAGGACCAGUUGGGAAGCUCAUUUAGGCUCAACCAUGUUCCAAGGAAGAUGGUCAGUCAGGGAGGCGAAAGAAUCCGCAAAUUUCAGGGAAUUACUAGCAGUUCUUUACGCUCUGCAUCACCUCAGGCCUUGGUUACAACAAAGAGCGGUGAAGAUUCAAUCAGUCGUACAGUAGUCUCAUAUCAAUUCCCAAGGAGGAACCAAAGUAAAGAAGUUUUAGUCUUUGUGCAGAAAUUAUGGAGUGGUCACAAAGAAAUCUGGCUGACAUUUUGGCAGUCCAACGAUCUUCCCAACGAUAAGCAGAGGGAAGUGGGAUCAAAAAGAAUGGUCUUUGAAACCGGAAAUCUUCCGAAUCCUGACAAAGACUUGGAGUUCCAGAAGUAGACUUGAUGACAAGAGCUUCAAACGCAAAGGUUUACAACUUCGCCUCCCUACUCAGAACAGAUCAACCCAAAUGGAUAUACGCUCUAACAAUAGAGUGGAACUUCCGUCUGGCUUACGUGUUUCCACCUCUGCCUUUAAUUCCAAAGGUCCUUCUCAAGAUACGAACAGACAGAGCGAGAGUAUUGGCAAUAAUCCCAUAUUGGCCAAACAAUCUGGUUUUUGCCUGUAAAAAGAUGGCCAUCGCUCAUUGGGUACUUCCCAUAUCAAACUUCCUCACUGUGAACAGGGACCUACCCUUGAAAGUUCUAGAAAUAUUCAUGUUGACGUCUCGGCUACUACAAGGCUAAUCCUUCGUAACCAAGGUUUACAAGAAGACAGAAUAGCGGUCUUACUUCACGCUACUAGGAAGUCUACGUCUGUCAGGUUAUACCUGCCGGUUUCGCUGAAUUAAGCCACUUCCGGGUUGAUGGAGCUCUGCCCCGCCCCCUUCUCUGACGCGGUCUCCUCAUGCUACAUAGGAAGACCGCGCCAGAUUCAAAUUGCUGGAUUAUUGAACGAGUACCUGUGAACCUCUCACCGGCUACCAAUUUACAUUCUAAGCUUUAUCGUGUACCGUACCUGGACUGAAAACGACUACCUGCCUUCUCCACUCCUCGACCUUGGAUUGUUUAACGGACUUCUGCUCCUACCCCUAAAGGACUGCUUAAUUUGGAUUCACCAUUCCUCUGGAACUCCUACUACUUUAUUUUCUUCAACCAAUUGCCUCUCAGUUUGGCUGCAAAUAUAAUCUGCCUCAUUUUUACACUCUUGAAGCUAAUCCUGCUGCAUCUAAUUCAACUCUAAUUCUGCAAGCUAACUCUGCACUAUCCUUAAUUAGGUCUGCUUGGCUUUAUGCAAAACUUCAGUGGCUUGUUUCUUCUGCAACUAACAACCUGCUAAAAGGGUUUAAAGCUACAGUAACCACUUUUGCAAGUGAAUAAAAAAAAAUACAAAAAUAAAUUGCAGUAUUUAAAAGUUGCGUUCCAGUCAUUUAGCAUUACAACAUCUAAGAUACUUCAGGAUUUGGUCGAAGUUUCUCCAAUGGUGUAAAGAACACCAGUGCCUGGUUUUCAUCCAUCCAUAGAUAACGUUUGUUUGUGGUGGGGUUUUUUUUUUUAUUUUUUUUUUUUUUCUUCUAAUUAAGGAUUUGGCCUCCAAUGUGUUCAUCAGAUUUUUUUUUUAUUUAUUUUUUUUGGUCCAUCAGCCUCAAAUGACCGCCUAGAUGACUGGUGUUUCCAAUUUGGGAUUUAGCCCUGGUCCUACAAGCUUUUGGUGUUCUUCCCUUUGAACCUAUGGAAGAAGUUCCAUUAAAAAUUGUCUCAAAGUUUCAUUUCUGGUAGCCAUCACAUUGGCUAAAAGAGUGGGAGAACUUCAUGCUCUGUCCUCCUCGGAUGAAUUCACAAUUUUCCACAAAGAUAAGGUUGUUCUUUAUCUAAGACUCUUUUCUACCUAAAGUUUUAUCUUGAAAGAAUAUUAAUCAGCCGAUUGUUUUACCUUCGUUUUGUAGCGAAGCCUCAUCCCCUCAAGAGCUCAAGUGGCAGAAAUUGGAUGUCAGAAGAGCUUUACUUGUAUACCUAGCCAGAACAAAAGAAUUCAGAAUUUCAAAUCAUCUGUUCAUUUUCAGGGUCACCUCAAGGGCAAUGUGGCUUCCUGCGGCACCUUAUCCCAUUGGCUCAUUCAAGCUAUAGAAUUGGCAUACUCUACAGCAGGUCUUCAGUCUCCAGCUACACUUAAGGCCCAUUCCACCCAAGCAAUGGCUACCUCCAUGGGCAGAAAAAGUACUUGCAUAUCCAGAGGUCAUCUGCAAGGCAGCAUGCUGGUAGUCUUUUCACUUUUAUCAAGCACUAUCGGCUAGACAUAUUCUCUGCCUCUGAAGCAGCUUUUGGUGUAAGGUGUUACAAGCUGUGGUGGCCUAAGUCCCGCCCAGAUGGGGAUCUUGCUAUAUCCCAGUAGUACUGCCACCAUAUGACAAAUUUUUACUUACUGUAAAUUAUUUUCUUAAUAUGGUGGCAGUAUGGCUUCCCUCACUCUUAUUACAGCAUUUUUGCAGUAUAUUUUUGUUUCCUUUUCUUGUCACGUACUGGGGUAGGUUUUGCAGUACGGCCCUUUAUAGGGCAAGGAUCUUUUUAGAUCAUUAAUUACUUGUUAGAUGCAUAGGCGUGCGCAGCCUAUUGCAUUAGGGUGUGCACCCUAAAGCACAAGCACACGCGCAUAUGUGUGUGUGUGUAUAUAUGUGUGUGUGUGUGUGUAUAUAUGUGUAUGUAUACACACUGUGAUGUGUGUGUGACGAUGCUGGUAGUGUGCUAUGUUGGUGAGGGUGUUUGUGUGUGCGCUUGUGAGGGUGCUGUAUGUGUGUGAGGGUGCUGUUUGUGUGCUGUAUGUGUGUGAUGGUGCUGUGUUUGUGUGCUGUAUAUGUGUGGGUGGGUGGGUGAUUGUGGGGGUACAUUAUUUGCUAUCCUUCCCUCCCUUCUUACCUUUUGUAGGGAGGGGGGAUCGUGCUGCUGCUUCCUUCCCUGGUGGUCCAGUGGAGGAGGGGAUCCUUGCUGCUGUGAUCCCUGGUGGUCCAGUGUAGCGUGAACUCUAGCCCCCUGUGGGGCUAGAGUUCACUCUCGCGAGAUUUGAGCGUUGCCGCGGCAACGCUCAUAUCUCACGAGAGGAACGCGGCGGAGCUGCCGGCAAUAGCUCCGCCGGUCCUCUCCUGCCUCCCUCCCUGCAUGUGGGUCAGUGGGGAGGGAGGCUGAGAGCAGAGCCGGUUUUCUAUCAGAAAGACAUACCUCGUGAAAAAGACAUACCCAUGAGCCGACAGAGGAGAUCCUGAGAUCUCCCCUGCCGGUCUCAAUAUACAUAGGCGUGCCGCGGGAUUAGGGUGUGCCCAGGCACACCCCGUGCGCACGCCUAUGGUUAGAUGUCUUGUCCACAGGGAGGAGCAAAACCCAGUAGUACUGCCACCAUAUUAAGAAAAAAAUUACGGUAAGUAAAUUUUUAAUUCCCUACCGUGUCUGAUUUGGGGGGAACAAACUCUGCUAUAAACAGUUUGGAUAUUUUUAGUCUAAAUUUUUUUUUUUUUUUUAAAUUUUUUUUUUGUUUAGAAUAUUUGGACUGUUGAAAAUCCCUGUUUUUUGAUUUAAAUAAACUCUUAAGCACCAUACUUACUACAGCACCCUGUAGUGGUUAGUGUCAGCAGUCCAAAUAUUACAAACCGUCCAGUUUGACACUUUAUUGGUUGCCUACAAUCCCUCUGAUCUGAUGUUGUACAAAUGUAAGCUUCUAUUUUAACUCGUCAGAUUUAGAAGAGAUAGCUGACUGCUCUAGUUUGAGAAGUUUGCCUUCACAAGCUGUAGCGGUUAUAGUGCCAAGAGACCCAAGGUGCUGUCAAAUGUUAAUCUGUGAAACCAUUCAGGUUGACACUUGCCUUACUGUUGAAUACCAGUAAUCCUUCUGGCCUAAAUUCACACUAGAGCCAUCAGCUGACCCCCCACCCCCCUCCCUCUCAUCCAAUAAAUACCGUCUCGUAUUAAAGCAACUGACACUUGUGAGAUCUUCAUAAGGAUAGAAUUCUGAAAUUUAUGAAAAGCUUUGACCUGAGAAAUUAUUCGAAAUUCCAAUACAGUAAACAGACAUGCAUGUUACAUCACAUGUAGCUGCUGAUCUUUGGCAAAAGGCAGUCUUCAUUAGUAUUUCUAUCACAUGUUCCAUCUUUAAUAGAUACUCUGUAUUCUCAAGCAUGUACCUGCUGAACAGUGUUGCCAAAAAGGUAGAUCCUCCACUACUGUGCAACUCCCAUAAUGCUUUGCCAGCUGUGGAUUUACAAUGUGUCCACCAUUGUUAUAUUUGUGUGAAUAAUUGUUUUCCUAUGGAGUCUUUUGAAGUGGUGUGUGGGGGUUUUUUUUUUUGUUUUUUUUUUAAUACUGAUGUUUGUGGGUAGUAAUGUUUUGAAUACAAGGGUUUGCGUGCAGGAUCAUACACUGCCACAUAAAUGAACUGAUGCGCCCUCACAUACUCGCAAACACGCACGUGCACUCUCUCAAAUAUUGACACACCUGUACAGAUGCAUACACUGACACUCACACUUCCUCAGUCCUGUUAACUCUCCUGGUGUGUGUGUGUGUGUGUGUGUGCGCGCUUGAAAUGCCUACCCUGGGGGGCUUGCAAGUGUUGGCCAGUUGCCACAUAACUAACCCUUGCACUGCCAAGCAUUAACUGUUUGACUGCAAGCAGGCAAAUAGUACUCUGCAAAUUAUUGUUCAUUUGCUUUCAUGCACGUGAAUGUUCAUAUGAAUGUUGAUCAUGCUUGUUGCAUUCAGUCUUGAACUAUAUUAAAACUAGUGCUUUGUGAAUCAUCCAAAUUCUAUACUUUGUGUAGGCUUCGGAUAUGAAAGCACGUUCUGACGAAACUCUAUCAUUUUCUGGUGUUCAGUGAUUUAAUCCUUAUGGACUGUCAUACCACUGAUGUGAUCAUGGUGCCUGGAGUGACCAUUUAAUGUGUGCCUUUAAGGUUUUGCUUCCAGUGUUCAAUCUGCUACUAAAUACAUUACUUCUUGUAUUGUAGAUGGAUCAAGUGCAAUGUGACAAUCUUCCAGACUACUGGACUCUGCAUGGAUUAUGGUACUAUUUAUCUAGGGCAUACCUGAGAAAUACUCCUGCUUGCUUAGCUUCCAAUCUGUGAAUGUCUGUGGUGGAGCAUAAUUGCCUAAUUGGUCGUUGCAUUGCCAAAAGACGACUUUCAGACUUGUGUGUCUGAAACUUUGAACGUGACUGCAGAUAAAAGCCAUUCAGCCCAUCUAGUCUGCCCAAUUUUUUUUAUUUUAUUUUUUUACUUUCUUUAGCUUCUUUUAUCUAGGAUAGUCUUAUGCAUGCUUAAACUCCACUGUUAACCUCUGCCACUUCAGCAGGAAGGCUAUUCCAUGCAUCCACUACUCUCUGUAAAGUAAUACUUCCUGAGUUUAUUUUUAAAACUGUCCUUGUUGCGGUGGUUUUGCUUUUAAAUAUUAUCCUUCUCUUUAUGUAUUUAAAUAUUUCUCAUAUCCCCUCUCUCCUUUUUCCUUCAAGCUAUACAUGUUCAAAUCCUUUAACUUUUCCUCGUAAGUUUUUACCCUGCAAAUUCCAUGAACCAGUUUUGUAGCACUUCUCCGAACUCUCUCCAAAGUAUCAAUAUCCCUCUGGAGAUAUGGUCUCCAGUACUGCGUACAAUACUCCAGUGAGGUCACCAGUGCUCUAUACAAGGGCAUGAGCACUUCCCUUUUUCUACUGUGAAUUCCUCUCCCUAUGCAACCAAGCAUUCUGCUAGCAUUUCCUGCUGCCCUAUUACAUUGUCUGCCUACCUGUAAGUCAUCAGAAAUAAUCACCCCUAAAUCCCUUUCCUCAUAUGUUGAGGUUAGGACUCUAUCAAAUAUUCUGUACUCUGCCCUUGGGCUCUUGCGUCAGAGGCAUUAUCUUGCACUUAUAUACUUUUAAUGUCAGUUGCCACAACUCUGACCAUUUUUCUAGUUUACUUAAAUCCUUUGCUAUUUGGCUUAUCAACCCUGUUGCAUAUCUUUGUAUUGGGGAUCGACCGAUUAUCGGUUUUACCGAUAUUCGGUAUCUUUGGCAAUAUCGGUAUCGGCCGAUUCAGAUACCGAUAUUGCCGAUAAUACCUGCUAGGACCGCCAGGCUCAUUACAAACCCGGCGGUCCUGGGGGGGCGGGCAGCAAGUGCUUACUCACCUCCCAGCAGCUCCCCAGUGUAACUCUCGCGAGACCUGCGCGGCAUGCUGGCCACGAGACUUACACUGGGGAGCUGGAGGAGCUGCUGGGAGGUGAGUAAACGCUUGCUGCACGCCCCCCCCACAGCUCAGCCAGUGCCACUGGAUCACCAGAGAAUGCUAUAUUCCCCCCUCCCUGGCCAGGCAACAAGCAGGGAGGGGGAACAACAAAAUAAAUAAUUAAAUAUAAAAAAUAAUAAUUUUAAUAAAUGCCACUCACACACUCAAUUGUAUACACUACACAAACACUGUAUAUAAUGCAGUGUUUGUAUAGUGUGUAGUGUUUAUAUAUAAUGCACACUGCAAUAUAUAUUAUACACACACUCUGGGGUGUGGAGUUUGAGAUACUUUCAAUACACUAGGAAACUUCCUUUUCAGCUCCAGGAUGGCAGUCAGAUCUCGGUUUGGGUCAAGAACCUGUUGACCCACAUACAAAAGAAUUAUAGCUCUAAAGGUGUGGGUUUUUUUUUUUUUCUUCAAUAAUUCAUACAGUUGCUGGUUUUUAAACCUCUGCACAGACUGAAUGGUGUGACUGGGACCUUUACAUAGCAAAGAAUUUAUAGAGCAAGAGAUCUGACUGUCCUUUGUCAUUAGAAACGAGCAUGGCUGAAAAGACUGCCUCUUAAAGGGACACUGUACCCAGACCACUUUAGCUCGCUGAAAUGGUCUUGGUACACUAGUAUCCCUAAUGCACUUAGUGCUGCAAUGUAAAACAUUACAGUUCCAGAGGAACUGCAAUGAUUACAUUGCAUCAUGAAGUCUGGCUCCAGUGGCUGUCUACUAGACAUUCACUGGAGGCCCUUCCUGGAUGUCAACAAACUCAGUUCAACGGUGGCUGGAUGUCCUUGUGCUUUGCAUGAGGACAUCCAGCAUAAGCAAUUUCAUAUGGGAGACCUAACAUGCAUUCUGCAUGCACACUAGUGCCUUCUUUUUGACUGACAUCAGAAGAGGCAGAGCCUCAUGCUUCAUGUGUGGGCCUCCUUCGCCGCCAGAUAUUUACCAUAUCUAGUAUUUGACUUGCAUCUCUUUCUUAUCUUUAGGCCAGACAAGUCGCAAAUGUGCAAUAAAUCCUGGCCCUUUGAUUAUUCUGAAAUAAAGGUAUGUGUGCAUUAUAUUCAGAACAUCAAUAUUUAUUCCUUUGCUAUUUAAUACAUUAGUUGGAUAAGCUUUUGUCUGUUUGCAGACAUUCAGACUGGGGAAAAAAAUCAUUUUUUGCUGUAGAAAAGGGAGAAACAAAUGGGGUGUUUUUAUGGUUUUGUUUAAAACCUGAAGGGACAGUAAUUUCUCAUCUUUGCCUAAAUUAAAAGUUGUGGGUGAGGGGAGAUAGUGAGAGAAUGGGUACAAAUAGGCGUUAAAAGGGCUUCAGCAGCAAAAUAGCUUGCCAUUUGUUUUUAUUUAUAUUUUGUUUUUAAAUGCAGGACAUCAUGACAGAGAUGAACAAGUGGUGGCCUGAUGUUCUUCAUCCCAACAGAACACAACUCUGGUAAACUGACUCUCAUCCAUACAACCUAGUGCAACAGUACCCAUACAUGGGUAACAACUCUAUAUAUAUUGUUUUUGGCAUGAGGGCAAAAUAUCCAAACCACAUUGGUAGUCCCAGCUGGUAAACCUAUUAAUAAACUAAAAUAAUGUAAAGUAAAGACACUCCAAAACAAAGUUCACAAAAAUGAAAGUCCUAAUAACACCCCACUAUUAUUGGCAAAGAAACAUAAGAGAAGGCUUUAUUCACUCUGUUCUACAGGGUUAGGGACUAAUAUGCAUAUAUCUAUGGAGUGUAAGAUAAUCUGAAGGACAUAUUUGGAAAAGUAGACUAACCACAGUAUAGAACAAGUAAGGCUGGAGUAACAUAUUCUCUCAUAUGUAUGUAUUACUGCUAUGGCACUGAGAAAUAUUGCCUCACAGCUGUUAAAAUGAAACAUACCUCGCUUAACACCUAAAACAAAGACCUCAUUAAUACUGUCAUACCUGCCAGGUUUCAAUAUCGUUAAAUAGGCUUAGAGGACUAUGUAACUAGAAAAUACCUUGGCUCAAGACAGUCGCCCUUAGUCUACAACUCCCGAUUUUGACUAAUCACAGUUCUCUACCUAGAUAGGAUACAAGAAAGGAUGUUUUAACCUUAUCGUUAAGUCAUGGUGGUGAUGUGUAAUGAGAAUAAGAAAAAUAAAACUUUUUUUUGUGCCAAGGCUCACCUUUGCCAGAGGCCAAAUGUGUUUAAAAUUUCCAUGAUAUUUAAAGUAACACUAGUGGUUUUGUGUGGGGUUUUUAUCCCUCUCUCCCUCUCUCCCUCUCUCCCUCUCUCCCUCUCUCCCUCUCUUACACCGAAAAUUGGUCAAAUCUGCUGCAAAUUACACAUGCUGUCUUGGUGCAUGUGGAGGCUGAUGUUAAGAGUGACCCAAUCUGUGGCUACUUUCAGCAGAAUCAAAACAAGACAUGUCUUCUACCUGGCUGGUACCCCGCUAGCAUGGCUUCCCAGGCCGUGGUUGCAGGGGCCACAUAGCACGGUUACUGGGUUGCAGGGGCCACAGUGCUGAGCGUGUGUUUAUGGCACCACCGGACCAAGCACCUGAUUGUCAAGUUUGGCAUGGUGGGCAGGAUCCUUGCUUGGUGAAAACAGAGGGUGAAGAGCAGGAGAAUGGGGCUAUGGCAAGAGGGACAGCAGUUGCACCAAUCUGCGCAGGGUCCACAGCCACAAGCUCUGCAACCGGACAGUGUGCUCAGCCGCACCAUCUGUAGACACCAAGAACGAUAAGAUCUGCCUCAAGCCGGGCUAGACAGGGUUAACCUGGCAUGCAUUGACUGAGAGCCACUGACAGCCCCGGGUACAGCUCUUGGCUGGAUGAGGAGCACAGUCCUCUGGGGGCACAUGUCUGUGAAUGGAUUGGCUAACAUCUGCCCUAGCAGAACUCCCUGAGCUGUAAAUCAAGCUUGCUUGAUGUCAUAUAAUAUAAUUUUUUAAAUCCUUUGGAGAAGUCAUUUUUGGGUUUCGGACCAGAAUUUUCAUCUCUGUGCAUCCCUAGCUAUUACCCCACUAACCACAAGAUAUAUCCCUGUAUAUUCUGUUCUUGCAAGUAUUGAUCCAAUUGCUGUAUUGACUCUGAUAAAACUCUUUCAGGCAGAGAAUUCCACAUCCUUAUAGUUCUUAUUGUAAUUUUUUUUAAUUUUAUUUAUUUGCCUUGGGACAGGGUCACUCAUUUAGGCUUGAAGAAAGGAGAUUUAGUCUGUGUAUAGCCCUGUUUAUGAAUAGACGUCCAGACUUUUUUUUUUUUUGGCCACAAAUAUACUUAUAAUAUCAUAUACCCUUUGAGGGGGAAAAAUCUCUUACCUUUCUUAAUAACUAAAAUGCUCAAUUCCUUUUAAAUGUGUAGCCUGUCUGCACUUUUUCUAGUGCCAUGAUCUCCUUUAGAGCAGGUGCCCAAAAUUGCACAGCAUAUUCAAGGUGUAGUUUUAAGUUACUUGUAAAGAGGCAAAAUUACAUUUUCCUAGCCUUCAUUAAAGGGACACUAUAGUCACCUGAACAACUUUAGCUUAAUGAAGCAGUUACAUAGAAACAUAGACUGUGACGGCAGAUAAUCAUUUGGCCCAUCUAGUCUGCCAAACUUUCUAAAUUUUUGGUGUAUAGAACAUGCCCCAGCAGCCUCACUGCAAUCCUCUGCCAUUUAGGAGUUAAAUCCCUUUGUUUAUGAACCCUAGUCACACCUCCCUGCAUGUGACUUGCACAGUCUUCCAUAAACACUCCUGUAAAGAGAGCCCUAUUUAGGCUUUCUUUACUGCAAGUUCUGUUUAAUUAAGAUUUUCUUAUCCCCUGCUAUGUUAAUAGCUUGCUAGACCCUGCAAGAUCCUCCUGUGUGUGAUUAAAGUUCAAUUUAGAGAUUGAGAUACAAUUAUUUAAGGUAAAUGACAUCUGUCAGAAAGUGAAACCCUUUUUUUUUUUUUUCAUGCAGGCUCUGUCAAUCAUAUCCAGGGGAGGUGUGGCUAGGGCUGCAUAAACAGAAACAAAGUGAUUUAACUCCUAAAUGGCAGUGAAAUUGCAGGGAAUGAUCUAUACCAGGGAUGGGCAACCUUCGGCACUCCAAAUGUUGUGGACUACAUCCCCCACAAUGCUUACACCCAUAAUUCUGGCAAAGCAUCAUGGGAGGUGUAGUCCAAAACAUCUGCAGUGCCAAAGGUUGCUUAUGACUGAUCUAUACACUAAAACUGCUUUAUUUAGCUAAAGUAAUUUAGGUGACUAUAGUGUUCCUUUCACUAACCCAUCUGUUUCCACUUUCUCUUAUUUUUAUUAGAAUUUAUGUACUUGAGAAUUUUUAAAGUUGGUUUUGCUAUCAAUUUCUCAUUUUAUAGUGUAUGAGCCAUUCUAACUGCCUUUUUGGAUGCAUUGGCUUUCUUAUCUUGUAUAGGAUGCCUUUCUCAGAUUUAAUUGCACUCUUCAUAAAGUAUACUUUAACAAACUAUUUGUAGAGAAAGCUGUAUUCAGAUUAGCUUAUUUUACUAUAUGGCAUCAGAGCAAUAUUGAGGAUGCUUGCCUAAUUUCAGAUUUGUUUACUACAAACCAUUGUUUUCAAUUUAGGAAACAUGAAUGGCAGAAGCAUGGAACCUGUGCUGCAUCUCUGGAGGCUCUGAACAGCCAACACAAAUAUUUCAGUAAAGCUAUAGAUAUGUAUAAAAUGACUGAUCUUAACAGGUAAUGCAUAAACAAACUUCACCUUUGGCUGAGUCUAUUUGGGGGCAUUCGUGUUAACAGUCAUUGUGUAACAUUGACAAGGAAACUGCAAUUUUAAGCCUAAAUAUUGAAAUUUGGAUUUUUCUAUUCUCUUAGUGAAUAUACCCUAAAAUCUUCUGUCAAAACAGAUUUACUUUUUUUUGUCUGUUUACUUCUGGUGUGUAUCAUAACAUGAGCUUUCAGGGCACAUGAUGAUACCAGCACAUCACUAGUAAUGCCAUUUCUUGAAUAACCCUAGUGUAAAAUUCCAAUGCAGCCAACAAUUGAAAUUCGCAAAGUCCACUCUGCUUCCCGAUUCCCCUCUCUUCCCCUUAAUACAGCUUUAUGUAUUUGUAGUCUUAUGAAUUGCAGGCUUGUAUGAUUUUUUUUUUUUUUUGUUUAAUUAAAACUUAUAUUGUGGUCUAAGCAAAGGAGCUCUCUGCCUGUGUCUCGCUUGCUUAAUGGUCAGGCCCCAUCCCCCUAGGUUUUGCUCUAUUCGUAUAACAGCAUUAACUUAUUUAAAACAUUUUUGUUUGAAUAUCUCUUAAAGAAACAAAACUUACAAAGGAGAUUUAAUUAUAAUAAAACUCCUUUAUCAAAAUUCCAUAUGACUUCAUUGUAUAGGGUGUUUGUGUUUUUUUUUUUUUUUGUUUUUUUUUUAAGGCAGCCUUAAGCUCUGCCACCACAGUGAACAAUGGAUUGGUCUCAGAUAAAGGGGUAAAUGACAUGAAACAAAGGAAAACACAAAUUUAAGAAAAUGCUAUAAUUCAAUAUCCCUUGGCAGUCAGAGGGGAAAAGCUGUAAACGUCUCUAUAUAGUACAUAUUCUAGCAUUGUCUGACCUUUAUAUCUUCCUUACUGACACUAAUUUUUCUCAUAGUGCUCUUCAAAAGUCUGGCAUAGUGCCAUCAACAAAGUAUUACCAGGUACAUUUUUAGUUUUCAGAUGGAAAUUGAAGGUGACUGUCAUAUUUAUUUAUGUAUUUUUCUCCCUGUUUAAUCUCCUAAUUUUGAUCUCUGCUACUAGUUUUCUCCUCUGUGUUGUCAUGAAGCCUCAACACUUUUAUCUGAGAUCAUAAUAGAAGCUGAAAAUUUUGCUGGCUUUUGGUUUAAUCUUGCUCUUUCUCUGCAACCCUGCACAUGCCCAUUAAGGGUUGCUUACUGGGAGAGUAACUCCAAACAAUCCUGGACAGUUGUCAUAUUAUGGAGGUUAUUAAGAAAAUCGCACAUUUCACAUAAAAGUGGCAGUCAAUUUAUAAAGUAUGACAAAUUGUCUUUUGCAAAUGGAACACCUGUUGCCUAUGUACCAGGUUUAAAAGCUUAGCAGUCUGCUAAAUCCCUCCAAUAGAUGAUGUAAUAGUUAAUUUACUUUUUUUUAUUUAUUUUUUUUAGAUGAAAGAUAUUACAAAUGCCCUUGUAGAUAUCUAUGGAGUGGUGCCAAAAAUCCAAUGCCUCCUUCCACAGCAGGUAAUGCUUUCAAUUAUCUUUAAAAUCUAGCUUUCUUUCAAAGUCACUGUAAAAAUAAGUAACAUAGAAUUCUGUUGUACUUCUAGGGUGAAGAUGCGCAAACACUUGGACAAAUUGAAUUUUGCUUCACAAAAGAAUUUCAGAUUAGAAACUGCACAGAUAAAAGCGAUGCGCUUCACUUCUAUGAGUAUCAAACCAAUAAAGAGCUUCAGGUUUGCGACCAAGAGUUAAACACUCUUUAUCCUCCCAUAAAGUGUCUGGAAGACAGUCCAUAAUGGCCACCAAAAGAUUAGUUCCCACUUCCAGCUAUGGAUCGAUUGUCUAAGGACUGGGGUUAAAAAGCAGGCUAUUGGCGAACAAUCUCUUUACAUAGUUACAUAGCUGAAAAGAGACUUGCAUCCAUGUUCAGCCUUCCUCACAUUUGUUUUUUGCUGUUGAUCCAAAAGAUUCUUCCUUAGAUAUUGUUUGAAUGAUUUCCUUUAUCUCAUGUACAGAAAAUAAUUACAUUUGUUACAUAACAUGUUAAUGCAAACAUUUCCUACUAACUUAAUACAGAAUCUAUUCACUACACAUUAUACAUGUAAAUCUAUUCAAACUUCUAGAACUCUCACUUAAAUGAGACUGUUCAACUUCACAAAUCUCCUACCAUAGGCAUCAAAUCCUCCUGGACAAAUUGCCACUCCCAUGUUGGUUAACUUAAAGGACCACUAUAGUGCCCUGAGGGUGCCCCCACCCUCAGGGACCUCCUCCCGCUGGGCUCUGGGGAGAGGAAGGGGUUAAAUACUCUUUCUCCAGCGCCAGGCAGGGAGCUCUUCGGCUGCAUGCGCGGCAGGAGCUGCGCGCGCAUUCAGCCAGUCUCAGGAAAGCAUUCAUAAUGCUUUCCUAUGGAUGCUGGCAUCUCCUCACUGAUUUUCAGUGAGAAGCACGCAAACGCCUCUAGCGGCUGUCAAUGAGACAGCCACUAGAGGCUGGAUUAACGGAUUUAUUAACAUAGCAGUUAAUGGGUUAACCCGAGCUGGACCAGGCACCCAGACCACUCCAUUAAGCUGAAGUGGUCUGGGUGCCUAGAGUGGUCCUUUAAGUGAUAAGUGUCUGGAAUGGAUUUUAAAUGCCUUUGAAUUCCUAACCAUUUCUCAUUUUAGUGGAUAACCUUGUCAACCUGUCUCCCUAUUAACUGGCUUCCUCUGGUCUUAUACAUUCUAGUUUUUGUGAAUUUCUGAAUUUUGGAAAGCCUGAGUCGUGCAUGGAAAUCUAGUAGGAUAGUUUUUCUACUUAUUUUCACAUAACUUGUUACUUGUGGAGAACUGAGUUACAACAUAAGUUUAGUGCAUAACCUUGAAUCACACUGAAAUGAGACAUUUCAAUGAAUCCAGGAGACUUGAAUGAUAAACAUUUGCUUUCUCACUAGAGGAAUGUUCUUCAGUCACACAGUGGCUGAAACUUUAAAAAUACACACUACUUUCAGACCAAACAAGUAAAGUCCAUUCCAGGGAUUACUAGUUCUUUAGUCUUCUCGCCAUGAUGUGUAUGAUCUGUCUUUUUGGCUGUUGUGGUAUUCAUGUAAAUUCUCAGCACUCCACAGCAAGAACACUGUAGACUUUAUGUUUUGUAUAAUGUGAUCAUGUAACAUGUUUGAAUGUAAUGCUUGACUAUUUCUCUUGCAUAAAAUAAAGUUUAGCCUGCUAACUGGUUUGUGUAUGUAGUGUGACCUGGCCUAUAAAUACCGACUUCCCCCUUCAUCUGGUUUGAUACUGACCUGGUUCAGUACAGAAUCCUCUAUUUCUGGUUCAAAUUCGUCAACACAAACUGCCUAAACUCUGCUCCAUGUAUAAUGUUUAGUAAUUAAAAUGGUGGUCAAUCUUCAUGCAAGGUAACAUUUUCAAGUCCCCAUGAGAGAUGCAGGACAUAACACCAGUGUUUAGAUUGGGCCUCACUUGGCCUUCCACUUCAUAUGGCCCUCAGUGAGCUACCAGCUGCCACCACCUUUUUAGGACGUGUGUUGUAAUCAGUGUAACAUGUCAUAAUCUAACAGUCCAGUCAUUCAGUCUGGGCCUCUUGUGCGUCAAGUUAUAAACACUUUAUGAAAUGGAGCAGGUCUGCCAUUUUGCAUCACUGUGUAAAUGGCAACUGCUCCAUAGCUCAACAAUUAACCCAUGUCCUAGAAUUUCAUAUACGUGAGAAUUCUCAUGCUUAAACAGCCACCCCACUAGCCACAAAUCGCAAUGACCUUUCUCUGCCUUCUUGUAUACCUUGACACAUGGACCUCACUAAGCAUUCACUACCUAUGCUUCAUACUGCCUUUGGUGUAACGGACUGCUUUGCCCACAAGGUUAUAAACCGUUUAGGCGAUAUUCCCCUUUCAGAUGCACAGACCGCUACUGCAAUCACCAAUCUCCCGAACUGCAAACUACAAGAAUUCUCCAACUCCCGAACAGGAAACUCUCGAAUACAGGAAACAGCUGAACAGGAAAAACCAUACGAAAGGUUUACACUCCUGGCAGUCAGCAUUCAAUCC